AUGUCCUUUGACUACUCGUUCUCAUUCGGUGCUGGCCCUGCCACGCCCCCGGACUUCUCUUUCGAGGAAGCUCUCAACAGUUCCUCCUUCCAGUUCGGCCACAGCCGAUCAAGCUCUCAUGCUUCAUUGUACUCUCAAGGGUCAUCACCUGAGUCUGUCAACACUCAAUUGACCACACCGGCUAGGUCACCCAUCAGACAACAUGGCCCACUGUUGUUACCCAAGAUCCGUCCUCAGGACCAAGAGAUCCAUUCUCCACCCAAGAGAAUGAAGAAGAUGGCAAAGUCAAACACUCUCCAGCCAACAACCAGCUUCAGACCAUCUCACACCAGAAGCUACACCAACCCAGAGUCCAUCUCCGUCACUCCGCAAGACAACUUCCCAUCUCACACACGCUCAAUGUCAACAUUGUGCUCACCAAUCUCAUUCGCACCAAACAACAAUGAGCGGAGAGCUUCCAGUGCAGAUCUUCUGGAUACCCAAACCAUCGGAAAGUACGGUUUCCCAACAUACCGUCAGAUGCCAACUUACAUCCCAUCGGCGACCAAUAGCCAGACGGAGACAUUCAAUCAACAGACAUUCUACGUUCCUCGGCGUACUCCUUCGCCACUUCAGAACUCCAUCUGUCUGGAUGAGAUGACAUUGAGUCCCAUCGAUGACGGCAAUAACACCACCAUGAUGGCUUAUCUCACAUCUCCAAACCCAGCACCUGCUCUAGUGCGCCAAAUCAACAUCCACAUCCGCGAUACAAACACAAAGCAUUUCUGGUGGGACAUCCGACAAAUCCGCCCCUGGACAACCUUCAAUCCAACGACCAUCAGCGCCAUCCCCGGUCUCCAAGCCCUCCUCAACAUCAACCUCCCAUCCUCCACCUUCCCCACACCACCCAAGACAUCACUACAGCCCGAGACCGAGCUCGACCUCCAAAACAUCUACAGCUCCUUCUACGGCAGCAAGCUCAACGCCGCUCUCUCCCUCUCCCUCGGCCAACGCCACCUCGUGAUGCGCCCCUCGGCCAAAUCCACCACCGACCCCUCCUUCAUCUCAAACUACACAGACGACACCUCGCAGCUCAUCUACGGCCGUGGCCUCGGCCGCGUCGUCGGCCUAGUCAAGUCCUUCGACCGCUGGAACACAGGCAUGCGCGUCGAGGGCAACCACAGGAAAGUCGAGUACCUCCGCGGUCUCGCUCACCUGCACCGCCACAUGCGCGAGCAUGGCUGCAGAUAUGGCUUCAUCAUCACCGAGAUUGAGCUCGUCGUCGUCCGCAAUGGUGGAGACUCGGUGCCGCAUUUCGGAUACCUUGAGAUCCAGACUAUCCAGCUCGCUGCGCACGAUAACCCUCGCACUUCUACUUUUGAGGAGGUGGAAGGCAGUUUCGUUGAUGCGGGAGAGGAGAAUGUGGUUCCCAGGAAGACGAAGAUGACUGCGCUGUUGGCGCUGUGGUAUUUGCAUAUGUUGGCUAGAGAUGAUGCUUUACCUGGUCAGGUGGGCUGGAAGAGUGAGAUUGGUGCUCCUGCUGAGGGGACCAGACGCAAGUGUUUGCCGAAGGAUGAGUGGAUUCCAGAGCCUCAAUUGGCGGAGAAGAGGGAGGCGAAGAGGAUCAGAGGAUGGGUUUGGCCAGAAGAGGCGGUUGGAAGGAAGGAGUUGGGGAAGAGAGGUGUGAGGUACAAUUGUUAG